AGUGCACCAAACUUCAUUCCCGUUCAAAGAGUUGAAAUUCAAAAAAACAUUUCAUCCAGACUGCGAGAAGAAGACGUCAGGGAGAGAGAGAUGUGUUUGGUAUUCAUUUGCGACGAGGAAGAGAAGGUCGUGGGCAGGCAGCCAGCGCCAGGAUCGUGUCCGUACUGUGGUGGGCUGGUGCAGGCCACUGACGUUGAGAGCCAAUGGACGCUUUGUUUCCUCCCUCUAUGUUUCAAGACCAAAAGGAAGUACUUUUGUACCAUGUGUUCCAGACGUUUGGUGUCCUACCCAUGACACCAUUUUCAUGUAUGUAUGUGUAUAUGUGUAUGUGGGUAGAGAAAGAUGGUGUGUUUGGCUGGGUCUCAGAUUGGGAUUUAGUUGGAUAUGGUUUUUGGCAAGUGGGUUUUGUAUGGUAACGGAUUUGAAGGUGGAUUGAUGGUUAUAUA